CCUUAAUUUUAUUCUUGUUAAGAAAUUAACAAUGUUUGGACUAAAACUAUUCACAUUUAUUUCUACAGUACAUUAUGCUGUAUUGGUUCAAAUUGACAACGUAUCUAACAUAAAAGUGACUGCUUCGGGCAAAUGUAUAACUUUUAGCAAAGUCAUGAAUGUUUUCCCGAUCAUUGGACAAAAACAGUGCAUUCGAAAAUGUUUACAGAAUCGCAAGUGCAAGUCUGUGAACUAUCGAAAGAAACAGCUCAAUUGUGAACUAAUUGCAGCAAAACAGGGAGAAUCUGGAACCUCUUUAGUUUUGGAUUUAGAGUGUGACUAUAUUGAAAUGGAAAAUCAGCCACAGGAGCUGGCGGGAUCUUGUAAGGCAACAUCGUGUAAAGUGGAGUGUGUGCCUCUAAGUAGCGGAAAACCAUUCUGCGUAUAUGGCAAAUGUCCUACAUCAUGGCAACUAAACGGGGAGAAGAAAUAUUGUUUUGUGAAAAAUUCUCUUAAGUGGCAGGCUGCCAAGGAUAGCUGCAUUUGGAUGGAUGGAUAUCUUCUGGAAAUAGAAAGUGAGGCUGAACAGACCUGGAUUCAAAACAAAACCUCUGGGGACAGAUGGUGGAUUGGGGGAACAGACGAGGAGUCAGAGGGCACGUUCAUCUGGGUACAUUCUAACACAACAUUGAAUUACACAAAUUGGCUCCAAGGUGAACCUAGUAACGGGGAUACAGGUGAAAAUUGCCUCGAAAUGCUUACUGAAGGUGUUUGGAAUGACAAAAACUGUGAUUCAUCUACUUACUAUAUUUGUGAAAAAAAGACUUUUCAAUGAAUGUUAUGCAUGUAAAUACGGGGCACUUACUAGAAUUUCUUCUUUAAGGAAUAUGUUUCAUU